AGGGAGGGAGAGAGAGGCAGAGGGGGAGAGAACUUUACAGCAAACCGAACGCAGUCUGAUUUGAACCAGUACUGUAGAAGUUGAAGUAUUACUACUCAAAUCACUUCCACCUGUAGCGCAGAUUGGGAUAAAGUUAUGCGUAAAAAGGCGCACGGCUCGUGGUGGUGCAGCGUCACCGUCUUGGAUGCGAGGCUCUAAAUCCAAACAGCUGACAGUUGGACGAGUUCCGACCAGAACCUUCUUCUCACUCUCUCACUGUGGAUUAUUUGCGCCAUGAGGAUUUUUCUCUGUGUGUUUUUGUUGUGUUUCUCUGGUUUGUCAGAAUCUGUGAUGGACUUGACCAUGUUCUCUACAGCAGAGGUCACCAACGUCAAUCACUUCAAUAUUUCAUGUCUCCAUGGAGAGCGCAGCCUCCAGCUGGGCAUCGAGAGGGACGGUAAAAUUCUCCAAUUACCCAAACACUCUAAAUUCAAAGUGCACAAAUCCAAGAACAAAGAGGUGGUAGCUAAAGAUUUUGGUGAUCUGGAACACAUUGGUGUCUUCUACUGUAAACCCACACAAGAGGAUUCCCCAAAAGAAAAGGUCACAAUGAUCAACAACUGUGUCACAGCUAAUUUUAUUCCAAGUCACCUCACACUGACUGUUAACAACGGAGAAACUGUUCACCUCAGCAUGGAGCUCCUCAGCUCCCAGAAGAGAGAUGUGACCUGGAAAUACAACGGAAAUUACUACUACAUGACCCACUAUAACGACAUGGUGAAUAACACUGCUUUACUGGCGAUAGAGAACGUAUCCUCUGCCAAUGGAGGCAUCUACAGUGCCUGCUAUGUGGGCGACAGCCCCCUGCAUGGAGCCUGGAUGAGGCUGAUUGUCCGAGCAUGUCCCAGUAAGAAGUGGGGUCCUAUCUGUGAUAAAGCCUGUCCUGAGUGUCUCAAUGGUGGCAUGUGUCAUGAUGCAGAUGGAGACUGUAUCUGUCCUCCAGGUUUUAUGGGAACACGCUGUGAAACAGCCUGCAGAGAAGGAAUGUUUGGUCGAAACUGCCAGGAGUCAUGUGGCUCCACUAUGAACUGCAAGGGCCUGCGUUUCUGCCUACCAGACCCGUACGGAUGUUCCUGUGCCAGCGGAUGGUUUGGCAGCCGUUGUGAGAAGCCCUGUGAUACAGACACGUAUGGACCAGACUGCAGACUGAGCUGCAACUGCCAGAAUGGGGGAGUUUGUAACCGUUUCUUCGGUUGUCAGUGUUCCAUUGGAUGGAGAGGACAUCUCUGUGAGAAGUCUGACUGGGCUCCACAAAUCGUGGGGCUAGACACCAACCAGGAGUGGAACCUCAACUCCAGUCCUAAGAUCCCAUGCUCAGCCACAGGAAACCCACUGCCCGGUCAUGACGGAAUUGAGCUAAAUAAAUUGGACGGCCCUGUGCUCAAGGCGUCUCAGACCAUCACAGACUCCAACAAAAGCACAGCGGUGUUUCAAAUCCCUCGUCUGACCAUUGACCAAGGAGGAAUGUGGGAGUGCAGGGUCUCGACCAGCGGAGGCCAAGACUCCCGCAGGUUCAGCGUCACCAUCAAAGAGCCCCCAGCGCCCACCUCUGCUCCCAAACUGAUGGAGAAGAGGAGUAAGCAGCUGAUAGUGAUGCCGAUGGUGUCCUACCGCGGAGAUGGUCCUAUUACCUCCACUAAGCUCCUGUACAAACCAGUAGACAAUGGAGAUUCCUGGUCUUCCAUCAUUGUCUACAGUGAAAAGGAGCUCAUUACAUUGAUGAACCUGAAGCCUUCGACACGGUAUCGUGUACGUGUCCAGCUGAGUCGAUCUGGAGAGGGAGGAGAGGGCGAACCAGGGCCAGACGCCAUCAUGGAAACAGACUGUCCUGAGCCAACAAUUCAACCUGAAAUUGACAUCAGUUCCGUGGAAGGUCGCAACGUCACAGUGCGAUGGCGUAUGCCGGCCAACAGCGGCAGCUACGCUGUCACUGCCACUGGCUUUUUGGUGCAGCUCUAUGGGCCAACGCAGCAUACUGAGAAACUCCAGGAGGAGACCACCCUGCUUAAUGUGCUCUCCACCAGGUUCCACAACCUGGAGUCGCAGAAGGAAUACACUGUGGUGGUUCGCCUCAUCAACUGCGGCAGCCAGGGGCCCCCGUCAAAGCCGUACCAGUUCCGCACGAGCAGUCAGGGUCCAUCGUCUCCACGAAACGUCCAGGCUCUACCCCUGUCUGUGUCAGCGGUCCAGGUGAGGUGGCUUCCGCCUGAAAACUCCAAUGGAGGGAUCAUCAAAUACAUCGUGGAGUACCAGCCUGUGGGCCAGGGGAGCCCUCACCCGUGGGUGGACACAGAUGAUGGGAACAAGACCACCAAAGACGUGACUGCACUCAACGCCAGCACAGUCUACCAGUUCAGAGUCAGGGCCUUCUCCAAAGUGCCGGGGGAGUGGAGCAAGUUCGUGAGGGCCAUGACCCAAGGAGAUGGCUCUCAGAUUUUAACUCCAACCACUCAGGGCGUGGCUAGUCCGUCCUCAAGAGACAACUACCAGCUGCUGGUGGCAGUGGUGGGUUCGGUGACCGUCACCUGUGUGACCAUCCUCCUGGCACUGCUGACUCUGUUCUUUAUCCGCAAGACGUUGCUCAACCGCCGGCGCACAUUCACCUACCAGUCAGGAUCGGGUGAAGAAACUAUUUUGCAGUUUAACUCAGGAACCCUGACGCUGACGAAGAGGCCCAAGCCCAUGCCAGAGUCCCUCACGUACCCGAUCCUAGAGUGGGAGGACAUCAAGUUCGAGGACGUCAUUGGAGAAGGCAACUUUGGACAGGUGAUUAAAGCCAUGAUCAAAAAGGACGGCAAUAAAAUUAGCGCAGCCAUCAAGAUGCUGAAAGAAUUUGCCUCAGAGAACGAUCACAGAGACUUUGCAGGGGAGCUGGAGGUUCUGUGUAAACUGGGCCAACAUCCCAACAUUAUCAACCUGAUCGGAGCCUGUGAAAACAGAGGAUACCUGUACAUAGCUAUCGAAUACGCUCCCUACGGAAACCUCUUGGACUUUCUACGGAAGAGUCGUGUGUUAGAAACCGACCCUGCCUUCGCCAAAGAGCACGGCACGGCCUCCACCCUCACCUCCCAGCAGCUGCUGCAGUUCGCUGUGGACGUGGCUACAGGGAUGCACUACCUGAGUGACAAACAGUUCAUCCACAGAGAUCUGGCAGCCAGAAAUGUUCUUGUCGGGGACAAUCUCGUGGCAAAGAUUGCAGACUUCGGUCUGUCUCGUGGAGAGGAAGUUUACGUGAAGAAGACAAUGGGGAGACUUCCUGUGCGAUGGAUGGCCAUCGAAUCCCUGAACUACAGCGUGUACACCACCAAGAGUGACGUUUGGUCAUUCGGUGUUCUUCUUUGGGAGAUUGUAAGCCUAGGUGGAACACCUUACUGUGGGAUGACGUGUGCUGAGCUGUAUGAAAAGCUUCCACAGGGCUACAGAAUGGAGAAACCCAAAAACUGUGACGAUGAAGUGUAUGAGCUGAUGAGGCAGUGCUGGAGGGACCGGCCUUAUGAGAGACCACCUUUCUCCCAAAUCUCAGUGCAGCUCAACAGGAUGCAGGAGGCCAGGAAGGCCUAUGUCAACAUGGCUCUCUUUGAAAACUUCACUUACGCUGGAAUCGACGCCACAGCUGAGGAGGCCUGACUACCAGCCCCCCCAGGCCCAAGCAUGUCACGUAGAUCCAAGAGGAAGUCCCGAGGAUGGUCGCCGCGAUACUCCCACGUUCCUGGUGCUCCACGUAGAGACAGGAGAGCCAGGCGUUGUGUCAGAACCACUCAACUAUAGAUGGAGAACUGUGAAAGGACACUGAGUGGAGUGUGGAAAGUUCAAGAGUCAAAGGGAAACAUGGAGUAUCGCUGGAUGGAAAUUGUUGAUCAUUUUGAGAACUAUCAUCUGGAAGAAAGAGAUGGAGUUGUAUCCCUUCAUCUGAGACUACAGUAAAGGAGCUAUGUGACUUGUUGUGACAUCACAGGGUCUGUGGGGUGUAAAUGCAGAGCUUAUUCCUUCUCUCUAAGGUUCUCAACCUGGGAUAGGAACUUCGUUCUAUUAUGAGCCAAAAACUUUCAACAUGUGGAAAACAUACUACAAUGUACUGUAUUGUAAAUCAGUUGCUGUUCAAACCAGGUAAACAUCACAUCAUUAUUACCAAGAUGUUACACUGACACAGUGUAUUGCAAAGAAAUUCUUAUAUGUGCAGGUAUUUUCCCUCUAAAUCCUGGUUCUAUGUUCCCUACCCCAGCUUUAACAGAGUAAAAUCUUUUUGAUAAACGGUAAAAUCCAAAGGCACUGAACUCAUCAUAAACAUUCAGGUUCUAGGGCGUGUAGAAAUGGAGGAGAGACUUUAAAUGUAGCACUUACAACCAGCCUCAAUCUUCAUAGUUGUGCUGUUAUCACUGCCAAUGUAAAUAGUACUGUAAAUAGGAAAACAGUUGACUGUAUUAAUCCAAAUGUAUUGAAGUCUCAUCAUUAAACCAUAGCUUAUUAACUGUAUAGCUCUAACAUAAAAAAACAAUGCUAAUACUGGCAACCAGCUAAUGAUGUGAUACCAACAUUAUAGCUGACGUUUAACACUGUGUAAAAUAUAUGUAUCCAUCACAUAAGAACGUUCAGUAUAUUUUAAUCAUUUUUGAAAUAAAGCUUCUGUGUGAUGAAUGGACUCAUCACCACAAGCA